CUCACUUCUCUCUCUCCCUCUAUUAAACUGUCACAUUCCAGCAUUUAUGGUUAAUCACAUCGCAACUACAAUUCUAUUCAAUAUUCAAAUGCCAUCGGUAAGAAUUACUAAGAAAUAAAGUUUGAACUCAUUUUGAUACCAGAACUGUUGUGUUUGUUUAUAGAUACUCAAAAGAAAGCACUGACAGAGAUCUAGUUCACGAACCUUCCUUUUAUACAACUUGAAGCAAUUUGGAAGUAAUACGUUUGGAAAUGCGUUAGACAAGAAGAAGAAUCAAGUUUGAGUUGGUUCAUUUUCAACUCACAAAAUGAUGAUCAUCUCCAGCAACUAAGAAAGAUUUUUAUGGUAUUGUUCGUUUGUGCCAUUACUAAGUGUUUGGAGUUUUCCAGAAUGUGAAAGAGAAGAAGAAGAAAAAGAAGAAGAAGAAGAAGAAGACAAAAAGUUCGUUUCAGAUAAAACUUCUUACUCUUUAAGGUUUAUCGAUUUUGUUGAUUUAUUAGGUUUUCAAACUGGUUCUGGUGAAGAUUCUUUAUAUCGAGUUUGUCAGAAAAAAAACAAUCCUUCCUGUUUGAUUGAGAAGGUUUUGUUUUGAUUUGGUAAAGAUCGAUUCUAAGAAGCAGUGAAAUUAGGAAGUUAGGGCAAACAUACCAGACUUUUUGAACUAGUAGUACAUUAUUCAGGGCAGUAUGGAACAAUGCAAAUGUCAAACUUAUAAUUUGGAAGUUUCUAUAGACGCAAUUUCAGGGAUAUGUUUCUGGGAUUAAAAUAACAGAAAUGUUUAUUUCCUUUCUACUAUUGACUACUGGAGUUCAUUCAGAAGCAAAUUCAUUAUUUCCUCUUAAAGAAUAGUAUUUUGGUCAGAGCUAUUUGAAGAUUUUGUAGAAACUAUUGUAGAGUUAUCUUCAAGUAUUGGUUUUCUAGACUUCUAAUUUGGUUCGGAAUUGAUUUUGGGGGAGAUUCGUUGUAAAUAGAGGUCUGGUUUCGAUAUCAUCUGUUUUCUUUUGGUGCACAAGGGGAUACCAAAAUGGAAGAAGAAGCCGAGAACAAGGAUAUGAGGUCAUUGGCCUUGACCCCAACAUGGUCUGUUGCAGUUGUCUUGACGAUAUUUGUGGUUAUUUCAUUGCUAGUGGAGCGUGCCAUUCAUCGAUUGAGUACUUGGUUGCAGAAAACUAAUCGAAAACCAUUGUUUGAAGCAGUGGAGAAAAUGAAGGAAGAGCUAAUGCUGCUAGGAUUCAUAUCACUCCUUUUAACAGCCACCUCAAGUGCGAUUUCAAAUAUUUGCAUUGAGUCGAAGUACUACAAUAGUCGAUUCUCUCCGUGCACUAUUUCAGAUAUUGAAGAGACUGAAGCUCAACAUGCUUCUGUCAAGUCCCGCAAGCUAUUGAUGGUUUCUAUUCUUCAUCCCACGAUUAGGAGGAUUCUUAAUGGUGGAAUGAACCGAAAUACCUGCACCAAGGGAUAUGAGCCAUUUGUGUCAUACGAAGGUUUGGAGCAGCUUCACCGGUUUAUCUUUGUCAUGGCAAUUACUCAUGUAUCAUACAGCUGUCUGACUAUGUUGUUGGGAAUUGUAAAGAUACAUUCAUGGAGGAAAUGGGAAGAUGAAGCUCAUAUGGACCGGCAUGAUGUAUUAAGUGAAAUCACGAAAGAGUUAACAUUGAAAAGGCAAUCAUCAUUUGCAACCAUACAUGAGGCAAAUUCUGGAAGCAGAAAUAAGUUGUUGGUCUGGGUGAUUUGUUUUUUCAGGCAAUUUGGUCGUUCUGUGGUUCGUGAAGACUACCUUACUCUGCGUUCAGGCUUCAUAACGAACCACCACCUGACACUAAAAUAUGACUUCCAUAGCUAUAUGGUUCGGUCUAUGGAAGAGGAGUUCCAAAAAAUAGUUGGAGUGAGUGCACCACUUUGGGGAUUUGUUGUUGCCUUUAUGCUGUUCAAUAUCAGAGGGUCUAAUCUUUAUUUCUGGAUAGCCAUCAUUCCCGUUACUAUGGUUCUUCUUGUCGGUACAAAGCUUCAGCAUAUUAUCGCAACUUUGGCAUUAGAGAAUGCUGGUGUAAAAGCAAAUAGUGGCGCUAAGUUAAGGCCCCGAGAUGAUCUAUUCUGGUUUAAAAAACCAGUAUUGUUGUUAAACUUGAUUCAUUUUGUUCUUUUCCAGAAUGCGUUUGAGCUGGCUUCGUUCUUUUGGUUUUGGUGGCAAUUCGGGUAUAAUUCCUGCUUCAUUAGAAAUCAUUUUCUGGUGUACAUACGACUCGUAUUUGGGUUUGCUGGGCAGUUCCUUUGCAGCUACAGUACCUUACCCUUAUAUGCAUUGGUCACUCAGAUGGGAACAAAUUACAAAGCGGCAUUAAUCCCACAAAGACUUAGGGAGACACUUCAUGGGUGGAAGAAAUCAGCAAAGCGGAAAAGACGACUUGGUCUUGUCAAUGACGAUUCAACCAUACGCACUGAAACAAGUACUGUUCUUUCUCUCGAAGACGAUGAACGCCAACUUUAUCAUGAGAUCUGUACAGAAAAUACAGGCCCGGAAAUUGAGUUACAAUCUACAUACCCCACAACCACUGCUACACUUGAAGUUCCUAAUGAGCACUCAAGUCAAGUAGGUGUUCCCUUCCUCAGGGCUUCAUCUUCUGUCACUGCAAAUUCAUAUCGUCCUCACACAAAUGAAAUAUUUAGAUCUUCUUCGAUGCCAGGUAGAAGAUAGGUAGAAUUUAAAACCAAAAUUUUCCACUAUUAGGAAUUUUACUAGCUUAUAAAUAGAAUCCUUAUGAAUGGGGUGGUUAAGUUUUCACAUUAGUUAAUAACGAUAGCUGUACAAAGAAAAUCAAAGUCGAGAUGUAUUGAGGUGUGAAUUGAGGUGGGUUGUUUGUAAGUCUUAUAGCAGAUGUACUAGUAUUCGAGGAUGGAUGUAUAGAAGAAGCAAGUCUUAGCUCAUCAAAGCCUUGUUGAUUUUCUAGGGAUUUAGUCAUUUCUUCCACCAACAGCUUACAACACACAGUAGUAUUUUUGAGUACUAAUCAGAGGUUGAAGAAAUUUCAGUUCCAUGAAUUUAUUUCCUUUUUCCUUGUGUAAAAUUAGAUGUGUAUCUUGUUUGUGUUUGAUCCAAGCAUGUUCAGGAGAACAAUUAUUUUAUUUUUUGAAAUGUCAAGUUCCUGGUAUUGUAUUU